AUGAUAAAUUGUUAUCGAUCGGAUAUUGAAACAGCUUAUCAUUAUCUGUUAUGGGCAAUGCGUUUAAGAUAUAAAAAUCCAAAGGUACCAAUUCUCAAAAACAAUCUACUAUUUCCAAUUGAAGCCAAUGGAUAUUGUACUGAAUGUCAAACAAUUGCAGAGUUAAUAUCAAUAAGAAAUAAUCCUAAUCGCAUGAUUAUAGAAUGUCUUAUGAUACGUGAACGAGUAGGUGUUACGUCGAAUUUUUUAUAUUUACUUGAUCAUCAGGCUGAUUUAUGUGGAUAUAAUUUAUAUUCAUUUGAUUAUAACACUUAUUUACGUGGAUCUGAAGAAUGUCAGCUCGCUAUACGACUAUGGCUACAUGCAUAUCAUUUAAGCAUACAAACACAAAUUAAUUUAAAUAAAUGUGUAUCUUAUCUGGAGAAAUGUGCUAGAAUUAUGGGUGAAUUGAUCAAUCGUAAGAGAACGAAAGAAAUUCAAUUCGAUAUAUUGAUGAAAGUAUUAGAAGCAACUGAAAAUGAAUAUCAAAGAAAUAAAAAUCUUGAAUCGACAUUGGAUGUCGAACGAGAAAAUGAAAAUUUUUCUUGCUCAUCAAGUGAAGCCGAUGAAACUGUGGGAAACAAUGGAGAUAAGUGUUUAUAUGUUAUCCUCAAUCUUCUCUUCA